UCUCCGUUUUCUUACACACACACACACACACUCUCACCAAAAACCGCCUUUCUUUUCAAGUCUUUCCCCUCUCUCUCUCUCUCCUCUCUCAUUCUCUCUCUCUCCAUGGUUAGGGUUUCUUAGCCCCUUCCUUUAUCAUAAACAUGUUGCAGAGAAACCCUUCUUGUUUCUCUAAUUUAUCAAAUUCCUCUCUCUCACACCUCUCUAGGUCAACCAUGUCCUGAUUCAGCUCCUUUUUCGGUUUCCUUCGUCUCUCUCUAUAUAUAUUUUUUGGCUCUUUCUUUUCUGGGUGGCAGUCCUGGAAUGGAAAUGUAUAAUGUUUCUGAAAAUGGAAACACAGAGACUUAUCUGAUUCAAGGUACCGAAGCAAGCCCACAUUUGACAAGUCCACUUCUUGAACAAAUUGAAACUAUGUACAACGAAGCGGCACCUGAGUUUGUUGUUGAUCAGAGCAUGUAUUAUCCUACUGCCACCAACUAUGGGUAUUAUUGUACAGGAUUUGAAUCACCCGGUGAAUGGGAGGACCACCAUAGGAUUUUUGGUGUAGAUGGUCCAGAUAUCCAAUACGCGGGUGUGCAUAAUGAAAGCCCCCCUUAUGUAUAUUAUACGCCUGGCUAUGGAUAUGCACAGUCUCCAUACAACCCAUACAAUCCUUACAUACCUGGUGCUAUGAUAGGAGACGAAAGUCAGAUUAUUGGGUCACCACAAUAUUACCUUAUUCCCUCUUAUCAGAACCCUGUUUCUCCACCUGCUUAUGUUCCCCUUGUCGUUCAACCAGAUGCUGUCCCUAGUAGUUCAGUCGACUCCUCAUAUGAUACUGGUGUAUCGAUGAAUAGAUUUGACGGGAGAGGUUUAAAACAUAAUUUCAGUUCAGCUACUGGAGCCUUUCCAAGGAACUCCCUGAAAUCCGUUUCAAAUCAGACAAAUUCCCUGUCCAGAGUUUCAGAAGGACCAAGAGCUACUGUUGGACCAAGCAAGCAAUCUGUGAUGCAUGGGAGUGUUUCUGCUGGUAAUUUUGCCCCUCCAGCUUCAUCACAUGUUCUUCAGGGUAGAAGUGCCUCUGGCUCAAUUCCAGCUGUAGAUAACAUUUCCAAUGGAAAGGUUCUAUCUCAUCAUAAUCAACUGAAAGUGACACUUCCAGCUGGUAAUGGUUUAUCAGACUUUGGAUCAAGUGCCUACGGACAGGGUGCAGGGGCUAAGAUUCGGCCCAAGAUCCACGUUGGUAGAGCACUGAAUGAUGUAACUGGUGGCCCAGAUGCAUUGGUUGAGCAGAAUCGGGGCCCUAGAACCAACAGAUCAAAAAAUCAACUGGCUGUCAAAGCCUACACAAGCAAGGCGGGAGAUGGUAAUGCACAUGGAAACAUUGUUAUCUAUACUGAUCAGUAUAACAAGGAGGAAUUUCCAGUUGAUUAUGCGGAUGCAAAGUUCUUUGUAAUAAAAUCAUACAGUGAGGAUGAUGUACAUAAGAGCAUUAAGUAUAAUGUUUGGUCAUCUACACCCCAUGGAAACAAGAAGUUGGACGCUGCUUAUGAAGAUGCACAGAGAAUGGCUGCAGGGAAGCCUAGAGGCUGCCCUAUCUUCCUCUUCUUCUCUGUUAAUGCAAGCGGUCAAUUCUGUGGUGUUGCAGAGAUGGUUGGCUCGGUUGACUUCACUAAGGAUAUGGAUUUUUGGCAGCAAGAUAAAUGGAGUGGAAGCUUCUCUGUCAAGUGGCACAUCAUCAAAGAUGUCCCAAACACAAAUUUUAGACACAUUAUCUUAGAAAAUAAUGAGAACAAGCCAGUGACUAAUAGCAGAGAUACACAAGAGAUCAUGUAUAAGAAAGGCCUUGAGAUGUUGAAAAUCUUCAAAAAUCACACAUUGAAGACCUCAUUACUUGAUGAUUUCAUUUACUAUGAAAAUCGUCAGAAAAUCAUGAAGGAAGAGAAAUCCAGGUUACUUAUCAAGAGCAUAGAAAGUCCAUAUUUUGUACCUUCAUUGGAUCCCCCUCUUAGGCUUAAUCGUGUUGAGCUACUUCCAAGUGAAGAUGAGAAAACUAUCAAGCCUAACGAUGGCCUGAAUUACUCAAUAAAGACUGGAGUCGCUGCUCCUGAGCAGGUUUCUAUUUCUGAUGUCCCCAACACAAAAUUUUUAGAUGGAAAUGCCAAGCACAUAACAGUUGGGGCAAAAGAUGACGUAGUGUCUACUUUAAAGAUUGGUUCACUCACCAUAAACCCAAAAAAGGCUGAGCCUAUGCCCUUGCCCUCUUCUGCAAUUGCUAAUAAUGACAUUGUCACAGUAGGCUCAGUUCCCAUCAAAGUUAAUGGAUUUGCCGAAUCUGGUAUUCUAACAGUUGGUACUAUUCCGCUUGAUCCCAAAGCACUUAAGCUUGACAAGGGGGGUGCUUCUGUUAACAUUGGAUCCCAACGUUAAUGAUGCAGAGGUUUUUCAUGGCAUCAUUAUUUUGGGAGUUAUUUUUUGUUGGAGGAUCUACUAUAGUGCAGGCAGGAUUAAUUGUCGGCAUGAGUUAUUGUACUCAGUCGUGGCUAUAUGCAUUGGUAAAUUGAAUGCUCGUUUCUGAUCAUCUUGAUUGUUUCAACAUUUGCUGCGGUUGUUUUGAUCCACACUUAUACUGAUGUCUUUGGUUUUUUGUGGGGUCUGGUUGUUGCUCUGCUCCAAUCAAGUCGAAACACAGUGUAACCUUUUCUUUUGCAUUUCAUCAAUAUAUUCAAGAUUAAAAAGAAUUUUCUUUGUUGGUCAGUGACCGCAUUUCUGCUGGAAAGUCAUACUCGUCAAGACCA